AUGGCUGCACGAGCUUCGUCCAUUCUUCGGCGCUCCUUAUUAUAUGUUCCUGCAUCUUCCCAGAAGAUGCUCUCCAAGUCUUUGGCCCUGACAACAGACAAUGUCACAUAUGACUUGGAGGACUCUGUGACUCCCUCUCAGAAGGGAAAUGCUCGAAAUCAGUUAAAAGAACACAUUUCCACUCUAAAAUCGCGUCCUUCCACCAUUUCAGAGCUUGCUGUUCGGAUAAAUGCGGUGUCAACCCCGUUUGCCCUUGAUGAUCUAACCACACUGUCAUCGGCAGACCAGGUUGACGCCAUUGUCGUGCCCAAAGUCAAUUCGGCCGCAGACCUGACCUUUGUCACUGAUGUACUGCGACAUGUCGCUCCAGAACCUCAAGCAGUCAUGGACCUUUCUUCCAUAUGCAAGGCCUCCCCCUUUCUCAGUGGCUUGAUAUUUGCAGCCGAGGACUUUGCGCUUGACCUUUCGAUAACAAGAACGCCUUCUCUGACGGAAUUUCUCUAUGCACGGUCGGCCAUUGUUACUGCAGCUCGAGCGCAUAACCUCCCGAGCGCCAUUGACCUGGUUUGUACUUCCUAUAGAGGCGAUGAUGGACUCCGGACACUGGAAGAGGAAUGCCAAGGUGGAAAAGCCAUGGGUUUCAAUGGCAAGCAGUGCAUACACCCUGGACAGCUAGAGACUGUCCAGAGGAUGUUUGCUCCCGAUAUAAAGGACGUAGAGUGGGCCGUCCGUGUCACCAUUGCCGACGAAAAGGCCGCGACUGCAGGGCGUGGUGCGUGGACUCUUGAUGGGAAGAUGAUUGACGCCCCAGUGGUGGGAAAAGCCCAUGCCAUAACUGCCAAAGCAGAGCAAUGUGGAAUUGAUGUGCAGGAUCUAAGAGCAAAGUGGAAAGAUCAAGAGCCAGAGUAG